UCCCACUGGGCUCUGGUGAUGGUUUCACUGCUCCAGGAUCAAUCCAAGAUUAAAUUUCCUUCUUCGGGCAGUCUGGAGAACGAACAGCACAGCGAUCUCAUGCAGACACAUGAGGAUUCCAGCUCCCCGGUCCAGGAAGAGAGCCCCAGCUUCUGUUGCCAGCCAUAUGAUGGAGAAAACAGGACGGAGAGGACAAAUUCAGAAUCUUCCCAGAGCCCCAGCCCUUCUUCCUCACCUUCUGAUCAUAUCUACAGGAGAGGAGUUCAUGCUGAGAAGGAUUUAUUCAAAGUCCCUUCAGCGGCUGAGAAAUUCCGGCGGUACAGCUAUGAGGAAACCGCCACGGGGACCUGCGGCCGGUUCCUCAAAAACAGCGUCCGGAAUCCCUUCCAUCCGUACAAAAGGCAGUUCACAGAAGAAGCCUUCCAGGAGACCCUCCAGACCCCCCCAAUGGACAUGCACCCCUUCAAAAUGGCCAUCAUGGAUGGCUUUGAGGAGAUGUCUGGGCCCACUGUUGCCGGAGAGGCCGAGGUGUACAUCACACAUGUUCCCAACCUCUCCUCAGACCCACCUUGGUGUAACGCUCAACAGUAUAAUAAUCCAGGGCAGGAACACCACUCACAAGUGAUGCAGGAUCCAGAGGUCAAACUGAAGACGUCCCCACUGGAGGGGCAGCCAAACCUGUACUGCUACCAGCCUCAAGUGCCGCAGAUGUAUUGCUCCUCACACCCUUUCCCCCAGUAUUCCCCUGGAGGCAGUUAUCCUGUGACCUACAUCUCUGCAUCUCACUACCCCUACCAAAGAAUAGCCCCUCAAAGCAACCAGGAACACCAACAGCUGCUGUUUCCAAAGCCCAUCUACUCAUACAGCAUUCUCAUCUUCAUGGCACUAAAGAACAGCAAGACCGGAAGCCUCCCCGUCAGCGAGAUCUACAAUUUCAUGACCGAACACUUUCCUUACUUCAAGACCGCUCCCGACGGCUGGAAGAACUCCGUCCGCCACAACUUAUCCCUGAACAAGUGCUUUGAAAAAGUCGAAAAUAAGUCCGGCAGCUCCUCUCGAAAAGGCUGCCUGUGGGCCCUGAACCCUGCCAAGAUCGAUAAGAUGCAGGAGGAGCUGCAGAAAUGGAAGCGGAAAGACCCGAUGGCUGUGAGGAAAAGCAUGGCCAAGCCAGAAGAACUGGACACACUGAUCAGAGGCAAGAAUGAAAAGUCGAGAUCUUCCCUGGCGGGUUGCAGCCUGACUCCCCCGGUCCCUGGGCCUGUGCCGCUCCAGCAUCCCUCUCUGUGCGAGCCACCCAUCUCUGCAGCACAGCCCGCACAUGUUCUUUCCAGACAAGGACCAGCACCGGUCAAGAGCCCUGUGCCAAACAUUCUCCGGGGUCAACAGACUUCCUGCUACCGAGCGGCACCAGGUUUUGCUCCACUGUCUCCCACCUUUGUACAGCAGUUACCCGACAGCCCUCAAGCGCUUCUCCCACCUGUAGAUGCACCGGGGGAGCACAGGGCGCUGUCCAGCACAGCCCACCAGCCUCCCUUGCCCGCUCAACCCCCUCCGGGACGUGCCAUGAAAGACCACGCAGCCACUCGGACUGUGCAUGACUUCUUUAUGCCAGAAGGAGAUCUCAGCAACGACGUUGACGCCCUCAAUCCUUCUCUCACUGAUUUCGACCUCCAAGGAAACCUUUGGGAGGAGCUGAAAGACGACAGUUUGGCGGUUGACCCCCUUGUUCUCGUGUCAUCUCCAGCGUCAACCCCAUGCUUUGCUUCUCAGGGCCUGAUGGACAGCAGCAACAGCUUCGACAGCCACAGCGGGGCUCCGCACCACAGUGCGCCCGAUGUGCAACUGACCACUCUUUACUCUGCUUUCAUGGAGUUGGACACAGGAUCGCCUUCUUCCUACCUGAAUACCCCCGGAUCCAAAGCCGUCGCUCUGGUCUGA